AUGAGCUCUCCUGAUACUGAAGUAGAGACCUUCCAUGUUGAACGAAAACGUGGGUGCGCGGCCUGGGUAUGCAACCUCCUCUGGAUUGUGAGUGGGUCCUUCCUACCUGCUCUGCUCUGGUUUCUGCUGGCACUGGUGCUGUGCAUCACCAUUGUUGGUAUUCCCUUUGGAGUUCAAUGCUACAAGAUGGGCAAGCUUGCGCUUCUACCAUUCGGAUAUAAAGUCUGGCGAUGCUCUCGUUUGUAUCAUCAGCACAAGGAGCUCUAA